UUACCUGUCUAUAGUGUUUUCUCUUGAUUAGCCUAUAUGUUAUAAAUACAGUGCUGAUAUCAUAUUGGAGUGGUAGCAAUAGAAACUGUGGGUGGCGGACAGGGCUAGCCCAGGACAGAGGGAUUCUGAGUCCACGCCUUCUUCACCCAAUCACUGCUCCGUCCGCGCUCACCCCAGACAGACACAAACGGCACAACUGGUAAGGAUUUUCCAUGGCGACAGUCUCUCCAUCUACACACUUCACCAUUCUCCUUCUGUUGCUUCAUGUCCUGAGUGCAUCACCUGCCACUCAAGAUGACCUCGUAAUCACUACGAAGCAUGGUAAAGUUCAAGGGAAGUUGGUUUCAGUGCUGGACGGUAAUGUUAGAGCAUUUCUCGGAGUUCCUUAUGCAAAACCACCUCUGGGAAAACUGAGAUUCAGAGCUGCAGAACCAGCAGAGAGAUGGGACAGGGUGAGAGACGCCACCGAAUUCCCAAAUUCGUGCUUCCAGUUGCCAGAUGUUGCCUUUCCAGGGUUCAAAGGUGCAGAGAUGUGGAACCCAAACACUCUUAUGAGUGAGGACUGUCUCUACCUGAACGUCUGGUCCCCACAUUUCAAUAAAACCCAGCCUCAGCCCGCACCACUGGCUCCUGUCCUCGUCUGGAUCUACGGAGGCGCGUUCUCUGCAGGAACGUCCACUUUGGACAUUUAUGACGGCCGCUUCCUGAGUAAAUCUGAGGGUGUUGUUGUAGUGUCAAUGAAUUACAGAGUUGGAGCUUUUGGUUUCCUGUCUCUUCCUGACAACAAGGACAUCCGAGGCAAUGCGGGUCUGCUGGACCAGCGCUUAGCCCUCCAGUGGGUGGCCAAUAAUAUUGCUGCUUUCGGAGGUGAUCCUUCCAAGGUGACUCUGUUUGGGGAGAGUGCUGGCUCAGGAUCUGUGGGCUUCCACCUGCUGUCUCCAGGGAGCCAUGGUCUUUUUCACAGGGCUGUGAUGGAGAGUGGCUCUCCUAAUGCACCCUGGGGCACAGUCAGCCUAACUGAGUCCUGGGACAGGGCCCUGAGGCUGGCAUCAUCACUGAAGUGUCCCACGUCUCCUCCAGGUCAACUGGAAGCUUGUCUGCAGAAGGCUGAUCCUUACGAAAUCGCAGAAAAGCAAUAUAAUGCUCCCGCACAGCCUUCAAUCUUAGGCGCACUCUUUGUCCCUGUUGUUGAUGGGGACUUCCUACCAGAUAAACCUGAAGUGUUGCUGAGUAGCGGUAAGCUCCCAAAGAAAGAGGUGCUGCUUGGCUUAAACAAGGACGAAGGGACCUACUUCCUAAUUUAUGGAGUGCCUGGAUAUAGCCUCACUGGUCAGAGUCUCAUUACCAGAGAGCAGUUCCUUAAAGGAGUGGACCUUAUAAUGGAAGAAAAAAGUAACAUCACAAGGGAGGCGGCCAUUUUCCAGUACACUGAUUGGACAGAUGAGGAAAACAAAAUGAAAAACCGCGAUUUUCUGGGUAGUGUGGUUGGAGACCAGCAUUUCGUUUGUCCUGUGAUAGAGUUCGCUCAAAGAUACUCACAAGGAGGGGGUAAGACAUUCCUAUAUUUAUUUGACCACAGGUCCUCCGUCAAUCCAUGGCCAGAAUGGAUGGGUGUUAUGCACGGCUAUGAGAUUGAAUUUGUCUUUGGGAUGCCUCUGAAUGCAUUCCUAGGAUACACAAAGAAUGAAGUGAACAUGACUAAGAAGAUCAUGAAACACUUGGCCAACUUUGCGCGAACAGGGAAUCCAGGGAUUGAUGGAGCUAACUGGCCCGUUUUCACCCCUGAGAAGCAGGACUAUGUUACUCUGAACUACAACCCUCCGGAACACAAGACGAUGAUGAAAGCUCAAGAGUGUCGUCUCUGGAACAAAUUAUUACCAAAUGUACAGAGAGUCUCAGAUGAGCUACAGUCCUGUAAUAAAUCAGAACCGUCAGAGCACCCGGAUUGUCUCUACACACCCAAGACACAGAAGAUUGUCACACACAUUCACACUUGUCUCCUGUAUGAAGAUCCUGUGGGUCCAAUGCACUGCAACACAGACGUGGAGGACUUAGGCCAAACCAGAUGACGUCAGACGAUGUGACACUGCUGUGAUACGAGACUCCACCAUGUUGGAGUCUUGCAGUCUGCUGUGCAAAUGCCUGAGUAAAUCAGCCACAUGUGAAUUGUGUGCUAAUGUGUAACACAGAAAUUUCUCUGUUAGUAGAUUGCUUUUAAUCACUACGCAGGGGUUUUAACGGGAGGUGAACCAAGGGUAAACAAAAUGUUUUGUCUUCCAGUGUCCUGCAAGGCAAGGUGUUAUCGUAAAAAAAAAAAAAAAAAAGACAAACUGCUUUUCGGUGGAGGAGGAGGCUGUAAGAUGGUACGAUGAGGUGACUCAUAUCUGGAAUAGGAGUCAUGUGUCAUAUUGUAGAUCUGAAAUUGGUUUGCUUUGUGUAAUUUCUAUUUGUGGAAAUUAGCCAUCUCCCUACAUUGAAGGAAAGUAGACUUCCUCUUCUCCUCUUUGCAGCUCUGGCGUAAUGGGAACGGAUGUGUGUGUGUGUGUGUGUGUGUGUCACUGAGAGGUACGGAGAGAUGAAUAAAUUGAUAAAGGGAUGGACUGUCCUUGUAUAUUGUCACUGAAUGACAAGUGAAGGGGAGGGAGGAAAUAAUCGUAGUAUACACAAUGAAGUGGUGAAUACAAUAAAGCAGUGUGAUGGAUGCUCGAAGUCAACUCUGCACCCUUAAAACCUAUAAUCACUGAGCUACAUUGUGGCUACAUGACAUGUUAGUUGGAUAUGUUUCCCCUGCUUGGGAACAUCUGGGUAGAGAAAUGUACUGAGCAAUGUUCUCUAUUUCUUAUUAUAGCUAGUUACAAUAGCACCGCAGCUCAUCAUUUGCGAGCAGUGGAAGACUACCCAUAUGCAGGGCAGCUUCCAGAUUAAAUUAAAGAGGAAGUUUACCAUAGUUGCUGAUUGGGUCAUAUUCUGUGAUGUAAUCGACACUGAAGCCUCUAGUGCCUGCCAGCUGAGCUUAGGGUUUAAGCCAUGAUAAGUUAAUGCAUGGUCUGAUUAAUGUUACUGCCCUUUCAAUAUCUGAUAGAUUGCAGUUAGAUUUGUGUGCGAGUGAGUGUGUGUGUGUGUGUGUGUGUGUGUGUGUGUGUGUGUGUGUGUGUGUGAUGCUGUCAUAUUUAAUCUGUUAAUCCCCAGUAUAGUAGAUAAAAUAUAAAGUACAGUACACCUCCCCUGCCUCCCUCAGCUCGCAUACUCUAAAUGUUAGCACCAUGUUUAUACCUGUAAGUGAUAGUGUGCUGUGUAAAGUACCUGUAGCUUUCUAUUCCUGUACCAACCCGAUGAUGGAACAUACAAAAUGAAUUGUUCUCUUUUGAAUUGUUCUCUCUUAGUCUUCGGUCUACAAUGUAGCCUAUUAAAGACACCCCUCAUGAUAA